AUGGAGUACCCAAAGACACCCGUCAACAAGGUCCACCGACUGGCGGACAAACGCGCAGACUACGACCUCAAGACUGUCCACAGCAUCGUCAACCAAUGCAUGUCUUUACAUGUUACCUUCACACCGGGCGACACUGAGUUUCCAACCGUCAUUCCCAUGAUUGGCGCCAUGGGCAGUUUUGAUCGCCCCAGCGCCGACAUCGACGAGCCUCUCGACUGCUACAUCCACGGCUAUAUCUCAGCUCGCAUGGCCAACCUCGCCAGAGAGAAGAUGGCCGAGGGUCUACCUGGCCUCCCCGUCUGCGUAUCAGCUACCAAGGUGGACGGCAUCGUCCUCGCUCUGAGUUCUUUUGCGCACUCCUGCAACUACCGUUCGGCCUCCCUGUUCGGCUACGCGAGUCUGGUCACAGACAGCGAGGAGAAGUUGUGGGCGUUGAAGCUCAUCACCAACGGCCUCGUCGCAGGACGAUGGGAAGAAGUGCGCCAGCCCCCGUCCGCCAAUGAGCUGUUGCAGACGCAAGUUCUGCGCAUCCGUGUGAAAAGCGGCAGCGCAAAGGUUCGCGCGGGCCCGGUAUCCGAGGUGAAGGAGGACAUGGAAAACGCUGAAAUGAGAAAGGCUGUUUGGUCGGGGUACAUCCCGUUGGUCGAGCACCUACAAGAACCCGUUCCAUCAAAGCACAACCUCGUGGAGCAACUUCCUGAACACAUCUCGGAGUACAUGAAUGUUUUCAAUGAGAAAGCGGAUGAAUACAGCCAAGAGAUUGUGAAGCGGGUGCUAGAGGAUCCUGCUGCGUUUCAAAAUGUCUAG